AUGCCUCCUCCUCCUCCCCACCAGAAGCCAGAGAACGUGCUGAAGCGUGCUCAUGAGCUGAUGGGCGUGGGCCAAACGCCGGCUGCGCUGAACCUCCUUCACGAACACAUCACUUCCAAGAGAAGUCGAAAUGCACCCAUCACGUCCCUGGAGCCGGUUAUGCUCCUGCUCGUCGAGCAGUCCGUCGAGCAAAAGAAGGGUAAGCUUGCGAAGGAUGCCUUGUAUCAGUACAAGAACAUCAGUCAAAAUACAAACGUCGGCACGAUUGAGCUGGUGUUGAAGAAGUUUAUCGAGUUGGCAGAGGAGAAGGUGAAGACGGCACAAGCCAAGGCUGACGAAGUACAAUCCUCCCUUGAAACCACCGCCGCCACUGCCAGUGUGGACGAUCUCGAGGCCAGCGAAACCCCAGAAUCCAUCCUCCUUUCGACUGUCUCCGGGGAACAAUCCCGAGACCGUACAGACCGAGCUAUCGUUACACCAUGGCUAAAAUUCCUCUGGGAGACCUACCGAACCGUUCUCGACAUACUCAGGAAUAAUGCGAGAUUGGAAAUCAUGUACCAGAGCACUGCCAUGCAGGCUUUCGAAUUCUGCCAAAAGUACACCCGGAAAACCGAGUUUCGCAGACUAUGCGAGCUGCUCCGAAACCAUGUUCAGACUGCCGCCAAGUACUCUGCUCAGAUGCACGCUAUCAACUUGAACGACCCAGACACUCUUCAGCGCCAUCUUGAGACCCGUUUUCAACAGCUAAACGUCGCGGUUGAACUUGAGCUGUGGCAGGAGGCUUUCAGAAGCAUUGAGGAUAUCCAUACCCUUUUAAACCUCAGCAAGCGCCCACCGAAGAAUGUCAUGAUGGCCAACUACUACGAGAAGUUGACCCGUAUUUUCCUGGUUGGAGAGAACUAUCUAUUCCAUGCUGCUGCUUGGUCCCGAUAUUAUAACCUGCUCCGCCAGUCCGCCUCCAUGGUCGCAGCCGGUCAAAGCAAGAAGGCUGAUAACCCAGCAACUUCUGAGGCUGAUCUCUCCAAGGCCGCUUCUUUUGUUCUCUUGUCUGCUCUUGCCAUUCCAGUCAUCAGCACUUCGAGGUCCCGUGGUGCAUUGGUCGAUAUUGACGAAGCCAAGAAAAACAAGAACUCUCGCCUCACUCAUCUACUCGGAAUGGCUCAAGCCCCUACCCGUGCUGUUCUUUUCAAGGAUGCCAUGAGCAAGGGUCUUCUGAAGCGCGCUCGCCCUGAGAUUCGUGAGCUCUACCAAAUCCUGGAGGUUGACUUCCACCCCCUGUCUAUUUGCCAGAAAAUCUCCCCUAUUUUGGCCAAGAUUGGACAGGAUGCCGACAUGGAGAAGUACGUACUUCCCCUGCAGCAAGUCAUCUUAACCAGACUCUUUCAACAACUGUCUCAAGUCUAUGAGACUGUGGACCUCGAGUUUGUUGAGAACCUCGCCAAGUUCCCAGAGCCUUUCCAAGUCAGCAGAGAUACCAUCGAGAAGUUCAUCAUGAACGGAAACAAGAAGGGUGAUCUUGCCAUUCGUAUGGAUCAUGCAACUGGUGUUCUUAGCUUCGACACUGAUGUUUUCUCCUCCACCAAGGCUGUUCAAGCUGGCUCUGGUGGUGGGUCUGCUGAGAGCGAGACAUCUUCAGUUCAAAGACUCCAAAGCACUCCUUCCGAAAUUGUGAGAACCCAGUUGACUCGCUUGGCGAGAUCUCUCUACAUUACCUGCCAAUACGUGGAUCCUUCGUUCAAUGAUGCAAGAGUCAAGGCUAGAGACGCGGCAUUCGCUAGGGCAAAAGCUGGCGCAGAACAGGAGCAUCUCGAGGUUUUGUCACGGAAGGAUGUCAUCGCCAAGAGAAAGGAGGAGGCUUCACAGAUACAGGCACAAAAGGAUAAAGAGGACGCCACUCGGAAACGUCUUAGAGCUGCCCAACUUCAGGAGGCCGAGGACAAGCGACUUCAACAAGAGCAAAAGGAUCGUGAAGAGAAGCGUCUCAAGGCCGAGCUGGACCGAGUUCGCAAGGAGGAACUCAAGAAGCAGAUCGCUGACCUCAAGAUUGGCCCCAAGGCAAUUGAUAUCGACCUUGAAAAUAUUGAUAACCUCGAUAGCAACGACAUUCGCCGAAUCAAGCUUCAGCAACUGGAGCGGGAGAAGAACGACACUAAUGAGAAGCUCCGUAUCACUGGCAAGCGUAUCGAUCAUCUCGAGCGAGCUUUCCGGAAGGAGGAAUCCAAGAAGCUGCCUGAAGAUUACGCCUCUCAACGCGAAAGGGAUCUGCAAGCUUACGAGAAGACCAAGGCACAAACUUUGAAGGACGCUGAAGCCAAACACCGAGAGAAUGUCGAUCUCAAGCACAGACUGAGCCGUCUUGUUGGCCACUACGAGAGCUACAGAGAGACGAUUGUCGAGCGAAGACAAGAUGAGUUCGAGAAGCGUCGCCGUGAUGCCCAGAGAGACUUGGAUAAGGCUAUGGCCGCACGCAAGAAGGAAUUCCGUGAGCGCAAGGCACGUGAGAAGAGAGAGCGCGCAGAGCAAGACCGCAUCUUGCGCGAGGAGGAGGAGCGUGCGGCCAAGGAGGCUGAGGAGAAGGCCGCCAGAGAUGAGAGGAAGAAAGCCGAGUUCGCGGAGCUGAAGGCCAUUCGUGAGAAGGAGAGACAAGAAGCCCUGGAGAUGGCUGCACUUCAAGCCAGACGAGCCGAGGAGGCAGAGAAGAGACGUGCUGAAGCCAAGGCCGCUCCCAGAGGAGCUCCCCCCGCGAUGGAGAGAGGCGGGUCAGGAGCAACGAGACAACCGCUCGCGCUCACUGGUGCGAAGCCUGGAGGAUGGAGAGAGAAAGAGAAGUUGCGAAUGGAAGGAAAGGAGGCUCCACGUACCGAGUCCCCCAUGUCUCGCGCACCUCCACCAGCCAGUCGUGCCCCGACAAUGGAGCGUACCGACUCAAAUGACCGCCCUGCCGGACCUCCACGUAUCGCGCUCGCAGGUGGCAAGCCAAACUGGAGAGACCGGGAAGCUGCCAAGAAUGCCGGUGGUGAGCCUGCUGCCGCCCCAGCUGCUUCCUCAGGUGGUGAUCCUACGUCACGUGGUCGCUCAGGAAGGGGAGAGGAGGAAGUGCCGAACCUGAAGCCCAGUGGCACUGCUGGGAAGUUUGUUCCUCCUCACCUCCGUAACAAGCAAUAA